UAAAUGUUCACAGGUGCAGAGCCAUAGCAAUGGGAUUGAAGGUAUCUCCAGAAAACAUGAUUGCCUCAAUACAGCUCAUCUUAGCAGUAGCCAGUCUGUGAGCAGGGAUACAGGACUGGGAAGUACCAUCCCCACUAACAACACCCCCAUCUCUUGUCUUGACGUGGUACGCUCUGAGACCAGGGACCUAUCUUCAGGGAAGAGCUCAGGAGAACGGGUGGACCCUGCCGAUCAGGAGGAAGAGGAGCAGAGGAUAGUUGAAGUGAUGAAAGAGGAAGAGGAGGGUGUAGAGUCCUGGAAGGAGCAGUGUCACUGGAGGCUGGAAAGGCUGUUGGGGACUUAUGCCUGUGGAGGAGGAGGGUUAGCAGGAGAGCUGUGCUCCCCUCCAGAAAGUGUCUGCACAGAGGACUUUGCCAUGCGCUUCAGGGAGGAGAUGGUGGUGAGGCUGCCAGACAGGACCAAACAGAGACUGGCCAGAGACUGGAGUAGCAACCUGGGACAGUCCUUUGGAGAGGAAGAGGCUGAAAGGACAGCAUCAAAACAAGCAGGUGGUCUCACUGCUACUGGGGGAGAGGUUAUGGAUAGAGGCAUGGGUUAUACAGAGCUUCCCCAUCACAUGGACAAGCAAGGCAAGGAGAGCCAGACUCAUCACAGGCAUGGAGAGAGUAGAACUAACUGGAGUGGAAACCUAGGGGCCAGCGAGAGCCACACAAGAGCACCACAGAGGCUUAGUGGUCUUAGCAGGAGUGAAUGCUGUCUUCACUCUCUAGUGACUCCACCAGGGGGUGAUAGACAGCUGUCAGUAGAGACAUGUUCACAGUCCUUUGGGUUACCCCAGCCUGCCACAGGUGAGAGGGCUGACAUCCUCCUGCGGUGGGUCUAGUGUCAGAGUUGGCGGUAGUCAUCAGAGGGGAAAGGGGACAGUACUCAUAGAAGUUAGUCUUAUACUGUAAGGCCUCUCACUUAUUAUGUUCCUGCAUUAUAAUACUGAUGCUUCUGUCUGUUUCCACUGGUUCCUGUGUCAGUGCCUGGUCCUCCCAGCACUAGCAGUGUUCGUACAGGGGUUCUCAUUGAGGCCUGUUCCAGUCUGGAGCCUGAGGGAACCAAGGAGAACAGGCACCAUGCUGCUAGAACCACCACCAGACACCUGGCAGGAGUGCCUGUGUGGAAUUUUGACACAGUGACCAUAGACAGUGACCUGGACUCAGUACGCACAGAGAAGGUCUGGCAACACUUCCACAGCAGGCCAGGAUACCUGUCAGCCAUUCGGUCUGUCAGCCGCGUGGAUGGUCUCGACACUGACCAGAGUGACUAUGACACACCCACUCUGGAGCCAAGGAAUCUCAAGUUUACUCCAGCACUGAUAGCUAGCAAUGGAAAUGUGACCAGUGACAGUCUACCUCUUCGUAAAGCACACAAAAGCAGAAGAGACACUCACAGGUGUGGGCUCUCUGUGGAUGAUGAUGAUGAGGACACAGAUGAGGGCUGUGUCCGCUGGAGGAGGAGACGUAGGCCUGACAAGGACACAGGGGGACAUGUGUGUACGAGGCCUGGGGGUCGUCUGGAGGAGGUGAGGUCAGACUGGCUACAGAUGGAGGAGGAGCUGGCUACCCUCAGACAGGACUGUGAGAAGGAGGAGAAGAGGCUGAGGAUGAAGAGAGCUCAGCUGUGUGAGACUGAACUGUCCCUCACUGACCUUCUUCAGAAAAGAAAACAUGCAAUGCAGGAGUGGGAGCAGCUGCGUGCGGGGGCAGAGCAGAUGGAAAGGGAGGGGAGGAGUCUGGAGGCCAGCCUGAGAGACAGCAAGGCAGAAGCAGACAGCACCAGCUCUCAGCUGCGCCGGCUGCAGAGGCAGAGGGACUCCUGUUUGCAGGAGGUCAGGGAUCUGAAGGAGGAGCUGGCUGCUCUAUGUAAACACAGAACUGCCUUAAUGGAUGGGACCUGCAUGGACAGGAGAGUGACCAGUGUCAGUAUGUCUGUCCUUGAGAGAGAGGAGUUGGACAGACAGCUGAACAGUGCCAAGACAGAGCUGUUUUCCGAGCAGCGGUGCUCUAGACUCAAACUGGACUCUAUGGAAGAGAAGUUGGACGAAGCUCUCGAGGAGCUCCAGCGUGUAACAGAGGAGGAGAAGUUACUGAGGGAUAGGUGUGCAUGUCUGGAGGAGAAACACAGACUGAAACAGGAGGAGGAGGAGGCAGUGGAGGUGCAGGUGUGUGAGCUACAGAAAGAGCUGGGGGAGAGUGAGAGACGGGUGGAGAGGAUAGUAGCCCAGAAGGAGCUGCAGCUGCUGGGGUUCCAGGAGGAGAGGAGUGCCUUGCAGGCAGAGAGAGAUGGGCUCCAGGGGGAGCUCCGCAGCCUGAGGAAGCUGCACAGCAUCUCCCUGAGAGAGACCCAGGAGCAGGCACUCACGCAGACGCAGCGGGAGCUGGAGCUGCUGAAGAAAGAGUUGGCUUUGUCUCAUGAGAAACACAUCCAGCAGGCUCAUAUUCAAGCUCAAGAAGAGAAAACAGUUUCUCUCAGAGAACAGGCCCUGUCUCACACACAGCACAUUGAGUCCAUACAGAGCUGUAUCCAGAUGAAGGAGAAGGAGUGGUGGAAGCUGAGGGAGGCUCUUAAGGAGCAGAAGGAGGUGAUGAGGAGGCGAGAGGAGGAGCUGUGUGCGGAAGCUCAGGAGAUGAUGCACGGCACCAUAGAGUGUGAGAGGAAAAAAUGGGCGGCAGAGAAAGAAGCGGCUCUGCAGUUGCAGUGUGGGAUACUGGAGGAGCAAGGCCGGGAGGCUCUGGAGAGAAUGAGGGGAGAGACUGAGAGAGAGAAGAGGAAUGCCUUGGCUCUUCAAAGCAAAGUGGUAGAACUGAGGACAAAAGUGCAGGAGCUGGAAAGUGAGGGCCUUGUGCAGCAGAGUGAGCAGGCGUCUGCUCUCGCUGCAAUGCGUAGGUCCCUGAGAGAGAAGCACCAGGUUGAGCUACAGAGACUGCGCAGGCACAUGGAACAGGAGGGCGAGAGGGAAUCGUUGAGGCUGGAGCAGGUUGUCCAACAAGCAGAGGAGGAGGCUGGUAGACUGCAGGUGCUGCUGGGGGAGAGGGAGCACAUCCACAAGCAGGCCACAGCCAGGCUGGAGCAGCAGCACAGACACUGGGCCCAGGAGAUGGGGGCAGAGUGUCAGCAUCUUCAGCACCUGCUGGAACACAGUGGGGCCGUAGGGAGCUCCCUUCAGCUCCCACACAGUCCUACGGUGGCCCAGGCAGUCCAAACCCUGCAGGCCCUCAGAGAGCAGUUGCAGCAGUCAAUCAGUCAACUACAGCAGGAGCUUGACUUACAGAAACGCAGCACUCAGCAGCUGAGCCGGGACAAAGAGCGGGAGUUCCGUAUUCAGAGGGAACAGAUGGAGACGGAGAGACAGCAGGCUCUGGACUCACUGAAGGAGACACUCAUUCAGGAGCACAUUGAGGAGCUGAGCGAUCUGCAGCAGGCCCAGGUGCGGGAGGAAGGAGACGAGACAGGAGGUUUGGCUGCGUCCCUGCGCAGGCAGCUGCAGGCCAAAGACCAGGAACUACGCCGGGUGCAGAGGAGCAUGGGACAGUGGAAGGAGCACACCACUGCGCGCCUGGCACGCAAGUUUGAGGAGGAGUUGACAGCCGAACUGGAGAGGUGCAAGGCAAAGUUGUUAAAGGGGAGAAAGGCACCUAAGGCACAAGAGGAGAAGCAGAGGAAGCUGGAGAAACUGGAAGGGGAGAUGAGACGCAUUACUGGGGAAUGCACUGACUCUGGAGCUCAGCAAUCAGCCUCCUCUCCCUCACUCCACAUUGGGGAAGCCCCUUCCUCCCCCGGGUCCUCAGACCUGGCCUCCUUCAAGCUACUGCGUCACCUCCAGAGCCGGGUCAAACAGCUCCGUGCUGAGAACCAGGCCCAUGCCUGCAGCCCCUCUCAAUUGGGCAGGACCCCUCUAGGCAGGGCCCCAAUGGAGCUGGCUGGGUCCUACCUGGAGACGAUCACACCAUCCCAGGAAUGCACUCAGUUCUGGAGUCGUUCCCGUUCCAGGACGGUACAGGGUGAAGGAUUGUGAGCUUUGCCAGAUGACGUGUGUGUGUUUGUAAAAUGAAUUACUGGAGGACAGCAAUCUCAAAUCAUUUCAAGGUACUCCUGAAAAGGAUGACACUACAUGAUCAGGGUAAAUGGCCUCAAGGUCAAAAUGGGUUAAGUUGGCAUUCUUCUGCCUUUGGAGGAAUUAAGUCUUACUGCUAGGCUAAAGGCUGAGUGAAUGUUUGAUUCCGGAGCUGUGACUCUUUAGGCAGUGGGAUCAAGCUGAAAUUAGGACCAUUUGAAGAAGAAAGUAAUCUUGUGUCAGUUUCUUUCUAUGUUGCAACAGAGCUAUUGUAAUUAUUAUGCUCAAUGUACACUCACAGGACAGUUUAUUGGGUGCACCUAUUUAGUACAGGGUCGAACCCCCCUUUGCCUCCAGAACAGCCUGGAUUCUUUGGGGCAAGUUGGAAACGUUCCACAGGUAUGUUGGUCCAUGCUGAAGCAAUGGUGUCAUGCAGUUGCUGUAGAUUGAACGGCUGUACCAUUGACAACAGGCAGGAUGGGUCCAUGGACUCAUGCUACUUAUGCCAAAUCCUGACUCUGUCAUCAGCAUGACGCAACAGGAACCAGGAUUUGUUGGACUAGGUGAUGCUUUCCACUCCUCAGUUGUCCAGUGUUGGUGAUCGUGUGUCCACUGGAGCGGUUUCUUCUUGUUUUUAGCUGUUAGGAGUGGAACCUGGUGUGGACGUCUGCUGCAAAAGCCCACCUGUGAAAAUGAUCGACAAGUUCUGAGUUCCGAGAUGCCGUUCUGCACACCACUGUUGUACUGCGCCAUUAUUUGUCUGUUUGUGGCCCGCCUGUUAGCUUACACAAUCCUUGCCAUUCUCCUUCGACCUCUCAUCAACGAGCUGUUUUCGCCCACAGGGCUGCCACUGACUGGAUGUUUAUUGGUUGUCGCACCAUUCUUGGUAAAUCCUAGACACUGUCGUGCCUGAAUAGCCCAGGAGGGUGGCCGUUUCUGAGAUACUGGAUCAUCCUGGCACGGACAAUCAUACCACGCUCCAAGUCACUUAUGUCACUGGUUUUUCCCCAUUCUACCAUUCAAAUGAACAGUAACUGAAUGCCUUGAUGCAUGUCUGCCUGCUUUAUAUACCAAUCCACAGCCACGUGAUCCAUUUUUGUGAACAGGGUGGUAUACCUAAUAAACUGGCUAGUGAGUAUACACUAUUUUGUUAGGACCUGGAAUAAACUUUAACUAUUUAAAAUCUGUGAUGUUUUCAUACUGUAUGUACUGUCCCUUUGGCAUUAAAACAUUGUACAUGAACACCAUAAGCAAUAAAUAAUUUAUUUAGAAACAGAUAAAGUUCAACUAGCCACUCAACUAGCCAAUGUUUCUGUUAAGGUGCAUAUGAGAGGAUACAAUCAAAGUGUACAAUGAUGGUGAAUUUGAGUACAUUCAUUAUUUUUCACAUUGUUGUAGGAAGACCAACUUUAUUCUUGAAUGCGGAAACAAGGACAAAACCACCUUUAAACAGUAACCGUUCUUAAAAACAUAACCCAACUGGGGCUAAAAGAUGAGUAUAGAACUUUCAUACUGACCUUAUCGGAGCUCAAUGCCCCUUCUUCCCUUUGAAUAAAGUCAAAUUAAUUACAUCCUUGUCCUUUGUAAACCAAUGCAUUGGCUAAGCACAGAUCAUAUUUACUUGCAUUUAAUGUAACUACAACAAAACAGAGACUUCUCCAAAUAGUCUAAGCAGUCUGCUAUGAAACAGUUGUUACAUUAGAGUUAGAACAUAAGGUACUAGACAAUUCCCAAACAUCAGAAAUGCUUGACGUGUGUUGCCACUGGUCUUAAAGCUUCAACAUAGACAUUUAAUUUAAGGGAUAGUUCAGGAUUUUGGCAAUGAAGCUCUUUAUCUACUUUCAUGCUAGCUGAUCCCAAAGACUUCCAGUCUUUGCGCUAACGCUAGUUAGCAUUGGCUCGUGAAACUACCUCUAACUUCCUUCAUACUGGACGCAGACAUAGAAAUGGUAUCCACGAGUUCAUCUGAAGUAGAUAAAGAUCUUCAUUACCAAAAUCACAAACGAUCCCUUUAAAAGGUGCCUUCAUAAAAUUACUGUGGCUUUGUGGUCCUUGCUAUAAUUUUUCCAAUUACAUAUUUUCCUGGAUCAUAGUAGACAAAGGGGUACUGCAAGAUUUAGGUCAUUUUUCUAGUUACCCAGAGUUAGAUGAACUCAUGGAUACCAUUUUUAAGUCUCUGCAUGCAGUUUGGAGUUCAUUAAAGUUAGCAUAUCGUUAGCUUAGCACAAUUGCUGUAAGUCUGCAGGUACAGUUGCCAGCUCCUCUCAAAUGCAGGGAAAUAGACCUAGCUACUCCAAAGCUGGGUGUUUGGUCAUUUAUAGCUUUACAACAUUUAAUCAAUAUUUUUAUGAAUUUGACUGAUAAUCAUAAGAAACGGGGUUCGCUUCCUCAUUCUUUCCCGUUGUCGCAUAGAGAUGACAACGUUGUAUCUGUGUCAGUGGCGCUGCCCGUACACUCAGACGACAUAAUGGGACAGAUACAACGUUAUCUCUAUACAUCUUUGUGCGACAAAGGGACAGAAUGAGGAAAUGGAUAGAAUAUCGUUUCUAAUUAUCAGUAAAUACAUUUAAUUUAAGGGAUAGUUCAGGAUUUUGGCAAUGAAGCUCUUUAUCUACUUUCAUGCUAGCCUCAUUCAUUUGUAAAAUAUUGAUGACCAUUUAUAGCUUUGUAAGACUAUACAGUGCCUUCAGAAAGUAUUCAUAACUCUUGACAUUCCACAUUUUGUUGUGUUACAGCAGAAAUGUAAAUUGAUUUGUGUUCCUGUUAGAGAAAUUCAAUUCCAAUAUGUUCAUUAACCAAUUCAAUUAUAACAAAUCAAAACACUUUGUCCAUUUCUAAGAAUUUGUAAGGUUCUUAUUUGCAGAAAAUAGACAACGAUCAGUCUCAAUAUUAAUCAAUAGCGUUUAUUCCCGAGAGCUCUACCCAUCAUCUCAUGUACAUUGGUUUAUAUACCUCUCAUUUCAUCAUAAAUGUCCCUCCUCCUCUAAGACAAUGACAAAGCUGCUUUUCAAUUCCAUUCCAACACAUACACAUUGCUUAUCUUAUGUUACCAUAUGUUACACAAUCUACUGCACGCCCAACGGUUUCUCCCCUCCCUGGUUGGGGACCAGACAUAUUUCCUGUUGUUAGUUUCGCUGGAUUCACGAGUUGUCUGUUGACCCUUCCUCUUGGACUAUGUACCAACAUAUUCUUCCACAGACAGCAUAUAAAUCUGUAAGUUAUAACUCUUCGCCAAAUGUAUACAUUAUUUAGUCAUUAUUGAUAAAAAUCAUUCAACAGUUCCUCACCCAUCUACACACAAUACCCCAUAAUGACAAAGUGAAAACAUGUUUUUCAAAAUGUUUGCAAAUUAAUUCUCUAAGAGUAUUGUACAUCUGGGUAUUUGUACAAUAUUUGCACAUUAUUCUUUUUUAAAUUCUUCAAACUGAUUUAAGUCCAAACUGUAACUAGGCCACUCAGGAAUAUUCA